AUGCCACCGAAGCCGUCAGCUAAAGGAGCGAAGAAGGCAGCAAANUCCCAGAAACCGCGUGGGGAUAAGAAGAGGCGUAAUAAGCGCAAGGAAUCGUAUUCGGUCUACAUCUACCGUGUGCUGAAGCAAGUUCAUCCCGAUACCGGAAUCUCAUCUCGUGCGAUGUCGAUCAUGAAUUCGUUCGUGAACGACGUCUUUGAGCGUAUCGCAGCCGAAGCAAGUCGUCUGGCUCACUACAACAAGCGAUCAACGAUUUCGUCUCGCGAAGUCCAGACCUCCGUUCGACUUAUUCUCCCCGGUGAAUUGGCAAAACAUGCUGUCUCAGAGGGCACAAAAGCCGUCACCAAGUACACCAGCUCGAAGUAA